AUGCCAAAGCGACCUAGACUCGAUGAUGCAUCAGAGGAUGCUUUGGAGGAAGAAGUCCUCGAUGCCAUUUCCAACAAUCAGUCCGCAGCAGUAGCCAUCCUUAGUUUGACAAGAAAAUACAAUUUCGACCUGACUGCUUUGAUAGCCAGGUUAGACGAACAAUCGAUCAACCUUAGCUUCUCGAACGUGAAUUACGGUCAGAUGGCACCUAACGUCCAUCUGGACCCCUCCAAGGAGCUGGCAGACGCGCCGUCCUUCGAACUUUACCGGUCGCGGAUCCCCACGACUCUCUUUCGGGACAUUAUUGCUGACAUUAACAAAAUAUCAAGAUUCCUUUCACCGAUCUUUGAUUGCCUCGUGCCACUUUUCGGAUUACACAUACGCAACACGCCGGAUGCGCUGCUAGAAGGAAGAUGGGCGACCAAAGGGAGAGUCGAAUACCAAUUUAUCAUCUUUGGCAGUAUUAUUUCCAUCCUUUUCGUCGAGUCCAAGGGGACUCCUACUGAGCGCUUCAACGCGAUCGCACAGCUGAUUGCCGAAUGUGACGCUGGCGAUUUUGUUAAUCAGCAUAACAAAUUACAGGUCCCUAUCUAUGGCAUCUUGUAUGACGGGGAUGCAUUCGAAUUCUUCAUGUUCUCUCGCAACACCGAAUCUCCCGGUCAAUCUUCAUUCUUCUGUGGCUUACUCAAAACCCCGGUUGGGUCGAAAGACAGAAUGUCAUUGGAAGCACUUGAUGGGAGAGCUAGUGCCCUAUGUUUCAUGAGGGACCUUCGUCUCAUUUGCGAAAUCAUCUUUGAUCUUCUCCUCAAGUCAUAUAUCGAAUGUUUGACACUGCACUACAAUAUUUCAUCAAAAUCGGGAUCGAAGCGGUCCAGCUUGGACGGUUGGGAUGCAGCCAUCAAGAACGCCAAGGGGACUCUUGACAUGUGUCGGCAAGCAGAUCAACAUCGCGCAGCAAGCGAGUGGGAAGCAUGCAGAGCGAAAGUGGAGAGUGCCAUGCAGAUGCUAGAGGCAAGUGUAAUUGCGGUACCAAGAGUCAGGCUGAAUAACGUUCUCGAUGAGUUCACGAAGUAUGAAGCGAUGGUCAAACAGUUUUAG